AUGGGAGUACUCAAUCUAGUUCAAAGAUUCAUUGUUGCAUUCAUUGCCAUUCCAACAGUGAUGUAUUGCAUUAAAUAUCAUUCUCUAUUGACUAUUAUUACAACCACAUUAUCCAUUGUUGGUAUUUAUGAAUUACAUGGAAUUUCAAAUAGAAUUACAAAUUUAUUAUUACCAAUGAAUGGUUCGAGUGCUUCUACAAGUACGAAUACUUUAAAUACUUCUACAACAAGUAAUUCUACAAAUGUUCUAUUGACACUCUUUUUAACCUAUAUUGGAUAUUUCCAUUCCAAUUCUGGUACUUCUAAUUUGAAUACUAUUGAUUUUACUCAACACUUGUCAUGUGCCAUGAUUUUUAUCUUCUUCUUCAUCUUUGUAUUGGAUAUGAUUGUAUUCAGUCCAUAUGGUUUAUCCGAUGAACAUCACACUCGAACCUUUCUCAAAAUAUUUAUGAGAACAUUUUCAGUCUUUUAUAUUGGAUUAGGAUUCUCAAGUGCACUCUAUUUGGUUCAACAAUAUCGAUUUUUAUUGGUAUUGAUUUUAUUUUGUAAUUGGGCAAGUGAUGCCAUGGCAUUAUUGUUUGGAAAGAAAUUGGGACAUUAUAAAUUACAUCGAUAUUUAUCACCCAAUAAGACUAUUGAGGGUGGAAUUGGAGCCAUUUUAGGAAGUACUUUGACUGCUUACUUACUUUAUUUGGUGAAUGAGAGAGUCUUGGAUUUGAAUGAAUUCUUUAGAGAAGAAUACAAUGAUUCAACAACGACAAUAACAACAACAACCUUGAAUCAUCAUUACAUUCUUCCAUUCCAUCUUUAUAUCGUUUAUGGUAUUAUAUUGGGUGUAUUGGGAAUUAUUGGAGAUUUAAUUGAAUCUUAUUUGAAGAGAAUUGCCAAAGUGAAAGACAGUGGAUCAUUCUUUGGUGCACAUGGUGGAGUUUUGGAUCGUGUGGAUGGUUUACUCUUUUCUUUUCCUAUUAUGGUCAUGAUUCAUAUGUAUAUGGUGUGA